AUGAGUAAUAAUACUCAACUGCAAAAUAAUGAUAUUCAAAGACCUCAGAAUUUUGUUGAUACGCAACCAAAUGCUGGUGACCUACUUCGAAGGGCAACAAGACCUCGAAACACUGCGAAUUUAGUCAUGAGUACUUCACCAGUUAUUCAACAACACAAUUACCUCACGGAAGGUAUAAGUACAAUCAGUAAACCGCAAAAAACACAAGGAGCAUCAAUUUUAUCACCCAAUGAUCAAUUUCAGCA